UCGCGGCUGACCCCAAGGUCUAGCCAUAUACACAGUCGAGAGUUUGCUCGAGAUGAGUUGUUGAAGGUGCAGCCCCAUUUGACAGAUCUACACAUUGCUGGCCAGAUCAAACUUGGGGACAGCUUUCCGGUCGUAUCAAUCGUCAAAGGCAUGACUUUCGUAUUGGUCGAACUCGAAGACUUAGAUGCACUUGGGCGUGUAGCGGUGAGCGGCUCGGGCCCGUCGAAGGCUGAUCUUGAUCGAGGAUGGAAUGAGUCCUUCUUGGGUAUGUACUUCUGGGUUAGAACUGGCACAAACGCGGACGGUGCAACGACGUUGAGAACCAGAAUGAUUGAACGCACAAUCGAAGAUCCUGCCACAGGCAGUGCAGCGAGCGACCUAGCAGCUUAUCUCUCUUUGGCCGAUGAAAAACAGGAGACAGUCUUCGAUUAUGCCAUAACUCAAGGUGUUGAGAUGGGACGUCGUAGCGACAUCAAUCUUCGAGUUGUCGUAGGAGGUUCCGGUGUUGAAAGGAUCAUCUUGGGAGGAAGUGCUAUUCCGGUAAUGCAAGGUCGACUCACUGUGGAAGACUGA